AGCGGUGUAGUCUAAACAUCAUAUGUAAACGAAGGGUCAUUUCAAUGUGGAACGCUAAUUAAACAGAAAGUAAAUGCACUGCGAUAUGUGGGAGAUUAUAGUAAUAUCUGAAGGCGGACAUUUAAACGCCCAAAUUCGAUCGUUUGAUGCCAGAGACAGGGGGGUCGUGUCCUUGGUUGUAUUUCCUGCGUGGAGAAAACUCCGAUAACUUCCACCGGACUCGGUACAGAACGAAGGUACAAAUGCCGGUGUGUGUUCACUAAACCAUACCACAUUGCGUUUGACAAGCCGCCGUGUUAGAGGGUUUCCUUAGAUGAAGGAUCUGAGUUCAGUAUGUCGGGCAGAGAAAAGGAUUAUCAUACACUGAGAAAAGAACUUCUCAGGACCAACUCUCUGUUUGUGGACGCCGACUUCCCCCCAGACAACAGCUCUCUGACCUUUGACAGGACCCCUCCCGCAGGACUCAGGACUGUCAUAUGGAAGCGCCCGACAGACUUGUCCCGAAACCCCAGAUUUAUAGUAAAGAAUGCCACAAGAUUCGACCUUGAUCAAGGAUACUUAGGCAACUGUUGGUUCAUCGCUGGAGCUGCUCUGGUAGCCACCAAAAAGAAACUACUUGAAAGGGUGGUGCCUCUAGACCAAGAGUUUGACAGAACAUAUGCAGGUAUUUUCCAUUUUAACUUUUGGUGGUACGGGAAGUGGGUGGAGGUGGUGAUUGAUGACUACCUGCCCACGGACGGCUACCGCCUGAUAUACGCCAGGAACAGGGAGGAACCGAACGAAUUCUGGGCAGCAUUGUUAGAAAAGGCGUACGCAAAAUUAAGGGGUUGUUACGAAGGCGUAGAUGGAGGGAAACUUCAGGACAGUGUGGUCGACCUCACCGGAGGAAUCUCGGAAACUGUGGACAUUAAGGACAAGUCUCAGAUCCCAGUGGAUAUCUAUGAGAUUUUGUGGCGAUCCUGGAAGAUGAACAGUUUUCUUGGCUGUAGUAUAUCGCUACCUCCAAAUGUAAGUUCAUCAUCUAGGGAAGUACGGCGGCCAAACGGAUUGUACAUGGGCCACGCAUACAGCAUCACCGCCCUAGCUGUGAUCCCCUACAAGGGGUCGAGCGUUCGUCUUUGUAGACUUCGGAAUCCAUGGGGACGGAGCGAGUGGAAUGGUGAUUGGUCAGACGAGUCUUAUCAAAUCCGAAACUUGUCAUCGGAAGCGAAACAAAGACUUGGGAUCGUUAUACAGGAUGACGGUGAAUUCUGGAUACCGAUUGACGAUGUGUUGGUUAAUUUCGAGGAAAUACAACUCAUUCACCUUCAGCCAGACGCCACAACACAGGGGGUGGCUGUAAACGAGGGUAAACGUCAGUGGAACGUGACGGUUUACCAUGACCAGUGGAUUAAGGGCGUCACGGCUGGGGGAUGUGGAAAUGCGCCAUACCAAGACUUGUACUGGAAGAACCCCCAGUUUUCCGUGACUUUACGAGAUGUUGAUGACACAGACAACAAGCCAACAUGUACUGUCAUCAUCAGCUUAAUAGAAAAGGAGCAAAACAACAAGUCCAAAAUAGCCAUCGGCUUCGACGUUUACAAGUUGAAGUAUCCUCAGAGUCAGCCAUUAGAUGGGGAGACAGCCCCCAGAAACGCCCUCAUUCUAAAGAAAAGAUCAGGGGUCUAUCAAUAUAACCGGGAGAUCACCCGGAGGUUUGACCUGACCCCAGGGACAUAUGUCGUCAUUCCAAGUACGUUUAGGCCUCACGAGGAGGCGGAGUUUAUGCUCAGGAUUUACACAGAGAAAAUAAUUAGUAGUCUUGUGUUAGAUGAACGCAACGGCGAAGUUAAGCCAGAAGCCAAACCUCCGCCAGUAAGGGACGCCUUUCGUGAGUUAUUUCUAAAACACGCUGGUGAGGAUGGAAAACUGAAAGCUAAGGAGCUGAAGGAAUUUAUUUUAGAACUAUCAAGAUCAGAAAUAAAUGAGCCUUUAAAAUUCAGCACAGAAACCUGCAGAAGCCUUAUCACAAUGAUGGAUUCAUCCAGAACGGGGAGAAUUUCGAAAGCUGACACUUAUAACGCCUGGAGAACGAUUUUAAGCGGGAAGGCUGUUUUCCAACAGUUUGACAUAGAUGGAUCGGGGACGGUGGAUACGUAUGAACUAGACAAACUAUUUAGCACAUUAGCUCCCUCUCUAGGUUUCCCUGUGAAUAGAAUGGUACAAACAGCAAUAGUCAGACGGUACGCCGACAGAAACAACAAGAUCCGCCUCACAGACUUCAUCAUAGUCAUCUGUAAAUUAACCCUCAUGUAUCAAAUAUACAAGGAUCAGCAAAUUAAAACAGGCAGCCCUGAUUCUGCUUCUUUCACUAUGAACGAGUUCCUUUAUUAUACAAUGUACUGCUGAGCCUUGUUCAACAUGGCGGAUAUGACAGACGUGCCAACCUGUGUUCACAUUAUUUUCCAUUUCCCUGGAAAGAACUACAUUAAAUUAUACAUGUAUCUACUUGUAGUCCCUUAGGAGAAAGUCUAAUACGUGAUGCAAUAUUUCAGUACUACCUGAGAGGCAAACUUUUUUGUUAUAUAUUUUUAUACAUAUUUGCAUUGUGUUUUAAUAAAGAGUUUAAUUUGUAA